AUGCAGUUUCGAGAUACGAUAUCCCAACCGAUAGUCGCCGCCUUUUGCGGCGGAGGCGUAGCCGGCGCUGUAUCCCGAACGGUGGUAUCGCCACUAGAAAGACUCAAAAUCCUGAUGCAGAUUCAAAGUGCUGGACGAGAUGCAUACAAGUUAUCAGUUGGUCAAGCGCUUGGGAAAAUGUGGAGAGAAGAGGGUUGGAGGGGCUUCAUGCGAGGCAACGGAACAAACUGUAUACGCAUUGUUCCUUAUUCCGCUGUGCAAUUCAGCAGUUACAACUUUUACAAAAAGAAUUUGUUCGAACCGUAUCUAAGAACUGACCUUACUCCCGUUGCCCGCCUAGUUUGCGGUGGAUUGGCGGGAAUAACGUCGGUCUUCCUAACUUAUCCUCUCGACAUCGUCCGAACACGGUUAUCCAUUCAGUCAGCCAGCUUUGCAGAAUUAGGAGCGAAGCCGGAUAAACUACCAGGAAUGUGGGCAACUCUGGUUUCCAUGUACAAGACAGAAGGAGGUGUAUCUGCUUUAUACCGUGGCAUUGUCCCAACCGUUGCUGGCGUGGCCCCUUAUGUCGGCCUGAACUUCAUGGUGUAUGAGUCAAUCCGCCAAGCAUUUACGCCUGAAGGCGAUAAGAACCCUAGUGCAUUGCGCAAGCUUUUGGCGGGUGCCAUUUCUGGCGCAGUUGCCCAAACCUGCACGUAUCCAUUUGACGUACUACGGCGACGUUUCCAGAUCAAUACCAUGUCAGGCAUGGGGUACCAGUACAAAUCCAUCACCGAUGCAGUCCGUGUCAUCAUCCGUCAAGAGGGCGUUAAAGGAUUGUACAAGGGCAUCGUGCCCAAUCUCCUCAAAGUAGCUCCCAGCAUGGCGUCGAGCUGGUUGAGCUUCGAAGUUACACGGGAUUUCCUCACAGAUUUAAAAAGAACCGAUGAUACUGAACGUUUAUAA